ACCCACUGACAUCUUCACCAAAGAUCAACAAAAACACAAACUCAAACACUAACACAAACACAUUUACAUGACUGCACUCUGAAAAAAUCCAUGUUGUUUCGAUUUGAUCAAAAAUCUCAAAUGGAACAACACACCCACUUUCUCUUCCUUUAACUUGUCUUCUUUCUCUCUCUCUCUCUCUCUCUCUCUCUCUCCUAGAAGAAAAUCCCACACACUCUGUUUGGUUCCUCAGAAAAUUUCACACAAACAAAGUCAAAACAAAAGAAAGUGGCUUCUGAUGGAUAAAGAAACUCGCCAGGAGAUGCCAAAUGCCAAACGCCCUCACUUCUUUGACGUUUACUCUGCCAUUUUCAGCUCUCAAAGACUGAAAAUUCCAGUACGAUUUGUAAGACACAUGAAAGGCAGAACAUCUGGAUUAGUGACAUUGGAGGGUCCAAGUGGGAACACAUGGCACGUGAAGCUAAUUCAGCAGAAUGAUGAUUUAUUCCUCCAUCAGGGAUGGCCAGAAUUUGUGAUGGACCAUUUCAUAGAAUCUGGGGAUUUUUUGGUUUUCAGAUAUGAUGAUGAGUUGCAUUUCACUGUGCAAGUUUUUGAUAAAAGUUCAUGUGAGAAAGAGGCUGCAUUUCAUUCUGAGUGCAGUCAAGAUCCUAGCGACCUUGGUAAUAGUACGGGGCAGAAAAGAGAAAGAGAUGAGGUUGCUUCCCCUUCAGAAAAAAUUUUUGAAGGCGUGCCAAAGAAAUUGAGAGGUAGCUCAUCGCAACUCCAUCUAGGAUGCACAGUCAAGAACCAAGAAGGCAAGGUGGACAUGUAUGAUGGGGAGGUAUGUAAGCAUGAGGUGGUAGCUAUGGCUAAAACAUUGCGAGAAGCAAUUUGUCCCGAAGAAACAAGGCACUGUGGUAGUACUUUGAGGAAUUCUUCUAUUGUCUCUCAAUCAAAAGCUUCCAAGGAAAAGCAAGUGUUGGAUAUUGUUCAAUUCAAUACAAAGGCUUCUAUCCAGAGUAGGAACGGAAAAGAAGAUGAUCUAUACAUGCAUGGUAGAGUUUGUUUGUCGAUGUUGUCAGCACAAGAAGUAGCUCAAUCAUUUACUUCCUCUUUCCCCUAUUUCGUGAGAAUCAUGAAAAGCUUCAAUGUCAGUGGUUCAUAUACUCUGAACAUCCCAUAUAAAUUUUCGAUGGCGCAUCUUCCAAACAGCAAAAUUAAGAUUGUUCUUCAGAAUUUGAAAGGAGAAUGUUGGACUGUGAAUUCUGUGCCCACUACAAGAGUUAAUACAAGCCAUACUCUAUGUGGUGGAUGGAUAGCUUUUGUCCGUUGUAACGACAUCAAGGUUGGAGAUAUCUGCAUUUUUGAACUUGUACGUGAGUGUGAAUUGCGUGUGCACAUUCUUGGGGUUGGAAGGGAAGGGCUAGACUGCCAAAAUGGAAAAGUAGCUUGUAGUAGGUCAAGUGGUGGUCGUGCACCCUCUUCACAUAAAACUCUGAAAGUUUUGCCAAAGAAAACAAAGGGAAAAUCUCCAAAAGCAUCAAAGAGACGUCAAGAAGCGCCUUUCUCUAUUGAUGUAAGGAAACAAUGUAGUGCAUCAAAGACUUAUACCAGAGCUCCAGUUGGCUCUCAGUCAAAAGCUGCCAACAAAAAGUUGGUUCAGAGGAGAAAAGUCAUUGAAGAUGAAGUUGGCUCAAAAACUAAGGGCAGUAUGAGAAUGAUGUUAGCACUUGAUGAAGAAAGAGCAGCUCGAUCUUUUUCUUCAUCUUUUCCUAAUUUUGUGAGGAUCAUGAAACAGUUCAACAUCAGUGGUUCAUAUACUCUCAAAAUUCCAUACCAAUUCUCAACAGCACAUCUCCCUAACUGCAAAACAGAGAUUGUGCUUCGGAAUUUAAAAGGAAAAUGUUGGACAGUGAAUUCUGUCCCAGACUCAAAGGGGCGAAUGGGCCAUACCUUUUGUGGUGGGUGGAUGGCCUUUGUUCGUGGGAAUGAUGUUAAGAUUGGAGAUAUCUGCAUUUUUGAACUCGUUGGCGAAUGUGAAAUGCUCGUGCAUAUAUCUGGAAAUGGUAAGAAAGGGCUUGACCAUCAAAGUGGAGCAGAUGAUGAAUUAGCUCUUGUGACAUAUACCAGCAAUAAGCCUUCUUUAUGAUUGAUGUAAAAAAGAUUAACCUUUAUGAAGUAUAUAUAUUAUGGUCAGUGUUGCUAUGUGCACCUUUUUCUUUUAAUUGGUGUGCAUGUGCGAUCUUAAUUAUCCCCAUGCUAUAGGGAAACAAAAUCCAAUCUUUAAUGAUCUUUUUAAAUGUUAAAACCAUCAACAGCUUGUUACUUU